CAUCCGGGUUUAUUAAACAUCACAGCUGAGAGUGAGAGCCAGGGAAGUGCUGGGUUGUGGCAUCCCCUUCACAUAUUCUCUGGCCCACAGUCAUGGUUUUGAUGGUGAUGAUAGCCAGGGCGUCUGAUGGGCUGCCCCUGGCUGCGUCCCUGCAGGAUGACGAGCAGUCUGGUAGGAGUCUUGUGGAAUAUCAGAACCAAGCUAAAAUGCUUUUCAAGAAAAUCACAGUCAACAGCCCAACCAAAUGCUCUAUAGAAACAGGUCCUUAUGUCUUCCACUAUCUUAUUGAGAAUGAAGCUUGUCAUUUGAUACUAUGUGAGAGAGGGUACAGCAAAAAGACUGCUUUUACCUUUCUAGAAGAAAUGUCUUCAGAAUUUACAACUCAGCAUGGUCGGAAAGUAUCACAAGCAACUAGACCUUAUUCGUGCAUUGAGUUUGAUACAUACAUCCAGAAGCUUCGUCGGCAAUACAGUGAUCAGCGUGGAAGGCGUCAUUUGCAUCAAUUGAGAGAAGACUUGAAUGAUGUGCAAAGAAUCAUGAUGGAUAAUAUUGAUGAUGUAUUGCAGCGAGGUGCUACUCUCUCAGAUUUGGAGACAAAGGGAUCUGGGUUUUUAUUAUGUCCAAAAAAAUAAAUCAAGAUGCUCAGUAUCUGAACAGCGAUCAACUUUUUCAAAGAUUGCUGCUGGUGCUUUUUUGCAUGGUGUUUUUUAUUACUUUUUUUGUGUUUUGAAAAUAUUUAAUUUUUUUUAGGGGGAAAAAAGGGGGUUAGUACUCAAAAUUUAAAACGUCUUUCCAAAGUGCAGGUUAUUAAGACAUAAAUUUUAGCUGCCACUGAGAAUGCUAAUCUAAUUUUAGGACAAAAUUUAACUCAUAAUUAAUGAUAAAUCUGUAGUACAUUUUUCCACAAGUCUUUUUGAUUAUAAUAAUAAUAAUUUCCACAAGACAAUUUAAUUGAAACCUCUGCUCUCCAUUUACUUAACAUGUGUUUUGUCCACAUACCAUGAUUUGUUGUAUAGUAUAUCAUCUUGACCCAUACUUUUACACAUUUAUGAGUGGCUACAGUUCUCACUUUUUGUAUCCAAUUUUAUCAUGUGAGCUGAUAUUGAUUGUACACCAGAAUAUUAAAAAGUAAUAUAGCAAGAUUUUCCCUGAGGAUAUUAUUUAUUUAAUGCUUAGGUAAAGUUUAGGAAUAUGCAAAUUAAUGCUGAUUCUAAAAACUUUUGAUAACUUUGCAGCUUCCAAACAUUGAUUUUUGAAAUAUAUUUGUUACUUUGAAUAAUA